AAUACAAUUCCACGUCGUAGCUUUGAGUCAUUUCAUACAAUGUCAAUAAGAGUUCGAAUUCAAACAAAAUAAGUGAAAAAUCAAGAACAAAAGUUCGUCGUAAAACGAAGAGAAAAAAAAUUCGUCAAAAAAUAAGAAAAUCAAUCUAAAAUGAAAUGAAAAAGAUUCGAAAAGAAAGUCUUUAACUCGCAAUCGAGUCCAUUAUGGCUAAUCGUGAAAUCCUUCACUCGUUAUUCGCCUCGUUCUGCGGCGGAUUCGAUAUUUUCGAGCAGAACUUAUUCAUCAACGCAACUCAUCUUUACUUGUUUAUCAUAUUACUUUCAUUGCCUUUUAUUAUUUUUAUGUACUUUCCCACCAACAUAACAACAUGGAUCGUUUACUGUAUCAUCAUAUUUGUUUUGGUGACAACACUAAAGCUCAUCAAUUUAUCACUUCAUAAGAUGUAUGAUAAGGCGCGAACAUUGUCGGAGACUAGUCUAAAGAAGUUAAGUAGUGGAAAUACUGGAAGUGGAAUUGCUAAUAGUAAAAUUCAACGAGAAACUUCAGGGGAGGACGAAGGUGGAAUUGAGCUUCAAAUACUCAACAAUGUUAUUGAAUCUGGUGGUACACUGCCCAUUGAUCAUUCCUCACGUACAUCAGUCGAACAUCACAGUCAAAGUGAUGAGUUAAGCUGUGCAAAUAGUGCCGUUUCUGUAGAUUUUCAAGAACAUUUAGCUAGUACAAUUGAUUUAAAAGUCGAUGUUCAUCGUAAAAAUAGCUCAGAAUCGAGUGACAACAGCGAGAAUUAUCAAUUGAAGAAAGUGUCGUCGUCGUCGGAGAGAAAAACUCGAUCGAGUGGAAGCAAUAAUAAAAGCAACGACAUCAAUAACAGCAGCAAACAACAGACAAGAACUUCAUCAAGUGAUAACAAUUUGCGAGUGCCUGAAACAGCAAGUAAUUCAAUUUCCAUCGACAAAGAAUGCGAGUUGAGUGUGGAGAAGUCAGAAGGGAGUGGAAGACAAAGCAACGAUGAUACAUCGCAAGCGUCAACAACGAAGACAACAGAACCACAUAAUAACAGUAAUUCGUCAAUAAAGUUUCAUAACACGGCCUCGUCACGUCGUCAACAGUACAAAUCAUUGAAACAGAAACGAUCGACAUCAAAUGUCCAACUCCAACCGCAAUCAUUGGCAUCGAAACUUCAUCGGCAAGUUUCACUCGAUUCAGAUAAGAUUGGAAUGGGCGUGCUGCUGUCGAGGGAUGGUAACAAUUAUCAAAUGUCUAAUCGACAACGACAUUUCACUCCCCACCACCCCCAUCAUCAUCAUCACUUUCAUAAUGCUGCAUCCACUGUCAUUCAUCCCAAAAGUAUGUUGAAAAAUUCUGAUUCUGAUUUAUAUUUAGAAAGUGGCUCGGGACCUGUCGAUACUUACACAACAAAGUCGGCGCUUCAAUUGACGAGUGACCAAAGCAUAAGCAUGACUCAGAGUGAGAAAGUUCAACAAAAUACGCCAAUAAGAAGAGAUUCAAGUUCAACAAUGUCUGCCCUUCAACUUCCAACUGUUGCAAGCACGUCGGGACUUUUAUCGUCAAAGAAUCAUCGAAGGAACUCAAACAAUGCAAAUAAUUGUCGACAAAUGACGAGAACGACAAACACAUCAAUGAGACGAAUCAAAAGUGCGGCUUUGGAGACGAGUUGCAAGCCAGCAUCGGUUUCGAAUCUUUCUCCACAUCCAAACAGCGUUGAAGUGAUUGAUGGCAAAACGAUUCGUAAUCCAGUAAAUUCCGGAAUUCCACCACCAAGUAAAUUUCUUUCACGAAAUGCACCGCAAAAUCUUUUUCCAACAUCAUCAGUCACUGGACAUUCAGGAACUUCAUCGUCAGCAACGACUAUCAGCGAAACCACAAAUGCACUUCAUCAUGUUGCUAGUGAUUUAGUUUAUCCAAUAGCUGAACAAUGUGAUGAGAAUUGUCCUCGUGGUGUUCAAGUGACGACCGCAAAUAGUUGCACAUCGGAUGAAGACGAUGAAAAUAGUGAAGAAGAUGAUGAAGGAAGAAAAGAUCAAGUGAUUGAUGAAGAUCUGACAUCGAAUGAUGGUGACAGUGGAUUAGAUCAAGAAGAAAUUAAUUUAAGUGACUCAGAAGAUGAACAAAAUCGAAAUGGUUCUCGAUCUCCACUUUUAGAAGUUGCUGGUGAUGUUCAACAAACGACUGACGAUGUAAAAGUUGAUGAAGCUUCGGGAGUUCAACACGAAACGCCUAAAAUUGAGAAUGUUCGAAAUAAAAGUGGAUCGAAUGAAUGGGAACAGACAGGAAGUGCUGCGAGUUCAAAAGAUCAUUUAAUUGUGAAAGAAAGAAGAAGUGCAAGUGAAGAGAAACGAACGAAAUGGUUCGACAGUUUGGAUUUUGGCUUCAGUAACACUGAAAGUAUCGGCGAGUUGUCAUCUGCUGCUGAUCACAAAUCGUCAGACGAUCAUCAAUUGAAAGUUAAGGAACAGAAGAAGAAAAGUGAAUCAAAUGACAAUCGUGAUCGUGUGUUGUCGUCGUCAAUAAGUGCCUCGCAAAUCAAUGGUCGAAGUUUGGGUGCAAUACCAAAGCAACAUGGUCAUCACCAUCGGAGUGGAAUUGCGAUAAGAAAACUCAGCUUUGGAGAAGAGCAAUAUCCAACAUCGAGAAUGUAUCAACGGACGUUGUCACAACGUUCAACUUCUGAUCGAAUACCUGAGAAUAACGCAAUUCAAUCGACGAGUACGUUGCCUGGUCUUUCACUCAUUCGAUAUUUAAACAAUCAUUCCAUUGACCCACACAACAUGACACCACAAAUAUUUCUUCCAUCGACAUCAUCAAAUGGCGGCGGCAAUCAACAUCUCUACGAGAAUCAGACGAGCUUCUCUUCAUUUCGACCACGAACAUUUGCUGUUGCCAACAAUGAUGUUCAUAAUCGUAGACUGAGAUUCGGUCGUAAUAGUUACACAAUCGACUUAAAUUUUCCCAAUCAACAACAACCAAAGCAGAGUUUUGUGAUCGUCGAUCCAAAAUCACCAACAAGUGAUUGUGAUUUAUGUUUAGAUAUUCCCGAUGGAAUGCCAUCAACAAGCUCAAGUAAUCCAAACACUGGACGACUUGUCAUCACUUCGGGCAGUCAACAAAAUGCUGGAUUUAUUGAUAGUUCGGACUUUAAUUGCUUCAUUGAUGAUCAAGGCCAUUGGAUGCAUUUGAUGAAUGAUCAGAAGGCGCAGACUGGACACACAAUCAGCAACAACAUCACUCAACUUCAACAGCAACAUCAACAUGUUCAUAAUUCAUCAAAUAACAGCAACAAUAACAACAACAGCAUCGGUAAUAACAACAACAACAACAGCAACAACAGCAGCAACAUGAAUUCAUAUUAUCGAAUAAUGACAGCAGCGCCAUCAGCAGAAUAUUCGCUUUCGAGUGCACAAUCGAUUGACAUUGUUCAACAACGAAGCAUUUUUGGUGAGCCACAAAUUCGAGCGAAAGUUUACAAAUUUCCAAUUCGCUUUUGUGGCUUAAAGUUGGGAAAAACGAUAAAAAUUCGAAUGAAUCGUUUGCAGUUGUUGGCGUUGUUUGAUCGUGAUCAGUACAUGUAUCAAAUGUUACUUGCGAUCAUCUUGUGCACGUUUGUGGCAAUUCUUGGCAGUUGGAUUCUUCAUCAUCAUUUCUAUAACGACAUCUUUGCCUUUGUGUUUUGUUUCACGAUUGCUGGUUCGCAAUAUUCGCUGCUGAAAAGUGUCCAACCUGAUGCGUCGUCGCCAAUUCAUGGCUUCAAUAAGACUGUGACGUUCUCAAGACCAGUUUACUUCUGUCUCUUGACAUCUUUGAUGCUUCUUACACAUUACGCGUCGGAAUCAAUGAUGAUGGAAGCAAACGACGAUGAGAAAGUCGUGAAUAACGAGUCGUCGAUUGUCGUCAAUCAGACCGAAGCUGCUUUUUAUUUUCACACAAGAAGUGACGUUGAUAAAGUCACGAGCAUUUAUGGAAUUGAAAUUGCUUGGAUCGAGCUCUUCACUUCCGUCACAAGCAUCCUUCAUUGGACGAUCCUUUGUCUUCCUGUUGCCUUCAGUAUUGGAUUAUUUCCACAAAUCAACACAUUCUUCAUGUACUUUUGCGAGCAGAUUGACAUGCAUGUGUUUGGUGGAAAUGCGAUUUGCAAUCUUCUCGCUGGGUUUUUGGCUAUUUUUAGAUCGAUUAUUGGAUGUUUGAUUCUUUAUGGGCCAAUUUAUGGUGGACUUGUUGAGUCUAACAACACGCAGCACAUUCUCGUGUCGAUGUUUUGCGGGAUGUUGAUUCCAAUGGCUUAUCAUUUGUCACGAUCAAGCAGCGACUUUACGCAUUUAUUUCAACUCAUCAAAUCGACACUUCUUGUGCAUAACGAUGACGACAUUUGCGGUGAAGUUGAGAGUGGAUCGUCAUCGAAAACUGACGACAAUGAAACUUCACAAACAUCAGACGACUCGAAAGAUCAUAAUUUGAAUAACAUUCAACAAAUGGACGAUCCAUUGCCGAAGAAGUUGCAAGGCACAGUCACAGCUCGUCUAAAGAACGAUUUAGUCGUUUGUACAUUUCUUGGAUUAGUUUUCUUCGCUCUCCACACCAGCACAAUCUUUAAAGUUCUUCAACCAAACUUAAAUCUCGUUCUUCACAUUAUUGCAAUCAUUUUAGGAGUUUCUCUUCAUUACAUCGUCCCGCAAAUGAGAAAACAUUUGCCAUGUUUAUGCGUUGCAGCGCCGAUUCUUCGAGCACACGAGCACGGAAUGUUUGAAGUGAAUCGUCUGUCAAAAAUCAUGUGGUUUGAGCAAGUUUUCGUCUAUUUGGGAUUCAUUGAGAAGAAUAUUUUGUAUCCGCUUAUCAUCAUAAGUGCAGUCACUGCCGACUCGACAAAGAUAACUGACAAGUUUGGAUUUGGAUUUGGAAGUGCUUUGAUUGUCAUCUCAAGUUUAAAAGCACUUCGAAGUUCUUAUUCAGAUAUCAACAGUCAAUACCUCAUUUUGUUAUUCAGCAUUUUAUUCUUCAGUUUUGAUUUCUCAGACGCAAGCGAAACAUUUUUACUCGACUACUUUCUUAUAUCAAUUUUAUUCCGGAAGAUUUCUGAUUUACUUUUAAAGCUUCAAUUUGUUGUCACGUACAUUGCACCAUGGCAAAUCACUUGGGGAAGCGCGUUUCAUGCCUUCGCUCAACCAUUUUCAGUUCCACACUCAGCGAUGUUGUUCUUGCAAACUGGAAUUAGUGCGAUUUUGUCGACACCUUUGAAUCCAUUUUUAGGAAGUGCCAUUUUCAUAACUUCUUACGCUCGUCCAAUAAAGUUUUGGGAACGCGAUUACAACACUCGACGAAUUGAUCAUUCAAACACGAGACUAAGUUCACAACUUGAGCGUGAUUUAGGUGCCGAUGAUAACAAUUUGAACAGCAUUUUCUAUGAACAUUUGACGAGAUCUUUGCAACAUUCGUUGUGUGGUGAUCUGUUGAUGGGUCGAUGGGGAAAUGUCAGUCAAGGAGAUUGUUUUGUUCUCGCGUCAGACUAUUUAAACUGCCUUAUCCACAUCAUCGAACUCGGCAAUGGCCUUUGCACAUUCCAAAUGCGAGGCUUGGAAUUUCGUGGAACUUACUGCCAGCAACGUGAAGUCGAAGCGAUAUCAGAAGGUGUGGAAGAUAACGACGGAUGUUGCUGUUGCAGUCCUGGUCAUUUAUCUCACAUGUUAAGUGUCAAUGCGAUGUUUUCAACAAGAUGGUUGGCAUGGCAAGUCAUUGCAGCUCAAUAUGUUUUGGAAGGUUAUUCGAUAUCAGACAAUGCGGCAGUUGCGACGUUGCAAGUGUUUGAGUUUCGCAAAGUUUUGAUUUCUUACUACGUCAAGAGCAUCAUUUAUUACGCGAUAAAAUCACCAAAACUUCAACAAUGGCUUGAGUCACAAUCAAUACAAGAAGCACUUGAGCCAACAUUGGAACGACAAUUUGUUGAUCUUGAUCCAAUUUUCAAUCAUAAUUUAGACGACGAUUAUGAUUUUCGUGUUGCUGGAAUAUCGAGAAACUCGUUUUGGACAGUUUACUCGGAUUGGAUUCAAUUUUGUGUCGGCAAACGUCAACAACAAAUGCAAGAAGAGAAACUUAAAAAGGAGCAAGCAAAACAAGAACAACGAAAACAAGAAAGACGAUCAACAUCAGCAUCGAAAGAAACAAAAACUGCUGGAAAUUCAAUUGAAGAACCAUCGCCAGCUGUCACACAUUCCAUAAGUUCAUCUCGUGAUUCAAUUUUAGUUUCGCUUUGUUUGGCGUUAACUUUGCUUGCGAGACGAACAUUAGCGACAGCAAGUCACAGUGCAUCGUCGUUGGGUGUUGAAUUCUUUCUUCAUGGUCUUCAUUCACUCUUCAAAGGUGACUUCCGAAUCACAUCGACACGUGACGAGUGGGUGUUUGCUGACAUGGAUUUAUUGCACAGUGUCGUUGCACCGGGCGUUCGAAUGUCAUUGAAACUUCAUCAAGAUCAUUUCUUAUCGCCCGACGAGUACGACGAUUACAAUGCUCUCUACGAAUCUAUCGAACAAAACACUCGAGAGCUUGUGAUAUCGCACGAAGCUGAUCCUAACUGGAGAAAUGCCGUGCUACGUGGCACGCCAAAUCUCUUAGCACUUCGACAUGUUAUGGAGGAUGGAACUGACGAAUAUCGUGUAAUAAGACUGACGAAAAGAUUUCUCAACUUUCGUGUGAUUAAAUUAAAUCGUGAAUGUGUUCGAGGAUUGUGGGCUGGGCAGCAACAAGAGUUGAUUUACUUGCGCAAUCGAAAUCCCGAACGUGGAAGCAUUCAGAAUGCUAAACAAGCGCUUAGGAAUAUAAUUAACUCGUCAUGUGAUCAACCGAUUGGUUAUCCAAUUUAUGUUUCACCUUUAACCACUUCUUAUGCUGAAACGAGCGAGCAACUUAACGAAAUUAUUGGCGGUGAAAUAACAUUGGAAAAGAUUCAAAAUAAGAUUUUAAGUUCGUGGCAUCGAAUACGGAAAAGAUGUCGAGAGGGUUGCAGUAGCGGCAUUGAAGCUGAGAUUGUGAAUACUGGUGGAAGUUGUUAUGGCAACUUGCAAACUCUUGCCAAUAGCAAUUUAUCGCAAACAGCUGGAACUUUGUCUUAUGGCUCACAAAGUAUCUCAAUUUCGGGCCGUGAAGGUUCAGGAAAUCGCGGGAGUUUGGCGAGUAUCAACAAACCAACAAGUUCAACAUUGUUAGCAGGUUUGUUGAAUCGAGAACGUCUUGAAAUGGCUGAGCGGGAAAUUGUUUUACGUGAACGAAGUAUAAGCAAGAAGAAUUUAAGCACGGUCAGCACUAACAGCAUUGCCAAUUCAAAUAAAAACAAAAGAGAUUCGUUUAGAGAAAUUGCUGCAAUGAAUCCGGCGAUAACAUUGACGACAUCGACAGGAAUGACGAAGCAAGAAAGUGUCGAGUCACAACAUUCAUCGGGAAAGUUUGGCCCGGAAUCGUUGAAGGAACAAGAAAGUCCGGUGGCGGGAACAAGUCAAGUGAAAGUAGCUGAGAGGAAAGAAGAGCAUGAAGAAGACGAUGAAGUUGAUGAACCUGAAGAGAAAUUGCUGAUUCAACCCACGAAUUUGAGUAUCAAUAAGAAAGUGAUAAUUGUUGACAUCAGUCAGGUUUAUGAUUGUAUGAACGAUCAACGAAUUGAUGUGAUUUGGCCGAAUGAAAAGCUUCAAAGUGUUGGAAUUCGUUCGGGUUGGCGUAAGAAUUGGUCACCAAAAGAAGGAAUGGUUGGCUUUGUUGUCGGUUGUUUGUCACCAAAUCACGCAGCUUCAAGUGAGAAUCAAAACAUUCUACUAGUAAAAAUCGAUGACAUGUGCGUGCCAAUAACUGAGAAAGGCGUUAAGGAAUAUCGAGUAGUGACAUCGUCGCCACUUAAAGAUGCAGCACAUCAUGUAGCAACGACUUCACCAAAGACUCCACUUGCCGAUGAAGAAGAUUUAGAAUCCAAAGAUGAUGACGAGCAAGUGACACUAUGAAUUUUGUGGAUAAAAUUUAUUUUAAAGUUUAUGUAAAUAAGAGAAAUUUAAAGCGGAAAGUUCGUUCAAUGUUUAUUGAUUUACAAACUUUUGUUCUUCAUAUCAUCCUUCUAGUCCCCACUUUAAUUAAUUUUUCAUUUCUCUCGGGCAGUUCACAUGCUAUAAAUAAGUUGUCCAAAAUCUUCUUUCCCUUCAUGAUUUAACGAUGAACGUCUGAUUGUCACCAAGGACUAGACAAACUACGGCUUGGGUGUCUCGUGAGACUGACACGCUCUAGAAGUAACAAACCACAACUUUAACCCUUUUUCUUUAUCAACUUUCAUAUAAAAUCCCCAUUUAAAGUAAAGAAUGAAAUUCAUACAAGAUUUUGUGAUAAUAAAAUUUAGAAAAUUUAAUCUUUGAAUGAAAAUUUAAAUAAGAAAAUCAAUUUUUUAUUUGUUUGUUUAAUUCACCAGCAAACUUUUUUUUAUUGUCAAUUUAGUUAAAUUUGAUUUCGAAACUACGAAGAAGAAAUUAAAAUAUGAAUGAAAAUCA